UAACUCGACAGUCUCUUUAAUUUGGUGCCAGUUUCUUUUAAAGCAAUGGAAACCUCUUAUUCUUUGAUGUCCUCCUCCGCUUUCCCUUCCUCCUUUGGAUUUCUUCCGCUCCAAAAAACCAAACUCCACCAUGAUCAUCACAAGAGAAGAACACCAGUACUCAUCGGCUUCUCUCGCAAGAGGGAUGCUUACGACCGGGAUUCCGACGGCCGGCUUGUCGACGAGAACAUGGUGGUGCUUCGAAAGAGGAUCCAUGAGAUGAAAGUGGCUGAGGGGAGCUACGAGGCUCCGUCCGAGUGGAUGGAGUGGGAGAAGCGAUGCUACCACGCAAGCUAUGGAUCGGACGUAUCGGAAUUGGUGGGGAUGUUGCAGGCUUUCUUGUUGAGUACUCGGCCUGGCUUGGCCUUUGGGCUGGUGGCAAUCAUCACCGUGGCCGUGCCGGCAUCGGUAAUCGUGAUGGUGUUCCAUUUGUUGGUGGCGGCCAUGUCGGUUCUUGCACGCAGUGGUGCAUCAUAAGUACGUGCAUGAUUGGAGUUCUUCAGAUCAUGGCAUGCAUGUUUCCAUGUACCUGGACUAAUUCGAUGUUUGAGUAGUUUUCUUAAGCCAUCCAUUCAUUGUAGGAAAUUUUUCACGUUUUCUUCUGCGUGGAAUCACUAUUAAUUUGACGAUUGUUUGGGUCCAUUUUGGAGAACGGUAGUUGUCUUUGGCAGCAAAAGUUUGAUCGAGUCAGAGCAUUCUCUAACUGGCGAACUCAUUGAUGGAGUACUGGGUUGGAGAAACUAGGUGCAAAUAGACCGUAGAUUAAUAAACCUACUUUCUUCCAUCAUCUUGGAUUUCUCAAAGCCGCUGCAAACUUCACAGGAGCUAGGCAUGCAUCGUUGUUUUAACUAAUAUGUAUUGUGGGUUUUCCCAACAGCUUUUCUACUGUCCUUUUUUAAAAAAAAAAUACAUGAGAAUCCACAGAGUUGCGAUGAAAUAUCCAUGUCUAUAUUAGCAAAUAAAAAAAACAAAAUCUUGCUUUAUUGUUCCACA